ACUUGGCGGUUGACAGUUGGCGAAAAGUUGAAACCGCCAAGUGUUGUUGUCUUGUGAUCUGACUAAAAUUAUAGUUGUAUAUUCCGUGUGAGUUACUCCCUACGUUUUUAAAUACUUGCUCCACUUUUUUUUUUUUUACCCUUUAAAAUACUUGUUCCAUUUCAAGUUUUUUUUAUUAAUUCCCCUAUCCCACUGCCUAUUAAAUUAUUACUCUGUAAUUAUUUUUUUUAAAAAAACCACACCCUCUCUCUGCCAUGAUCAGCCCUGCUUUACCCUGCCGGCAGCCCCGCCGGCGACCAUACUCCAUCCCUCCCCUUUCCCUGAAACGACCCCUUUCCCUUCCCUUCCCCACCCGAAACCUGAAAACCCUCACCGAAUGUCCGAAACCACCCAAACCCUAACGGAAUUACUUUCUCGUGGGGAUUUGGGUUUGUGGGGGCGCGGCUCGAGAUGGGAGAAGGGAGGGGCUCGUUUUGGGGUGGGGGAAGGGGAGAAGGGCCGAUUCAAGGAUGUCCGGCGCCGGCGGAAAAGGUGUGCUUAACGCCGGCGGGGAGGGGGGACUGCCGAACUGGCAGUGGAGUUUGAUUUGAUUUAAUUUGUAGUGAAUGUUGAAAUCUCUCUGCAGGUCCUUUGAGUUUUAAUACUUCGGCUUGCAAUUGGCACUCAAAAGCACCAAUUUUUCAGUUGAAUCCGUCCUCUUGGACAAAGAUAGCUAAUAUAAUAUUUUUGGAUUCACCUGUUGGCACGGGAUUUUCUCAUGCAACAAAUCCAGAAGGUUAUUACAGCGAUGAUAUUACAUCAUCAAGGCACAUUUAUCAGUUCUUGAGAAAGUGGCUUAAGGACCAUGAUGGAUUCCAAAAUAAUCCUCUUUUCAUUUCUGGGGAUUCCUAUAGUGGCAAGAUUGUUCCUAUCGUUGUCCAAGAGAUUUCUAAUGGGAAUAAAGUUGGAUUCCAGCCUAUUAUGAAUCUUCAGGGAUAUACUCUUGGAAAUCCACUUACAAGUGAUAAGGAUAUGAGCCAAUCAAAAUAUGAUUAUGCUCAUCGUGUCUCACUCUUACCCGAUGAGCUCUAUGAGUCAGCCAAACUAAAUUGUAAUGGCAGUUAUGAAAAUGUGGAUGUGGAUAUAACAAAUGUCAAGUGUGCACGUAAUCUUCGAGCAAUAAAAAAUAAUUUUGACCCCUUGUUUACCCCUCAUGUCUUAAGACCUAAAUGUGUAUCACAUCAAACAUGGUGCCAGGAGAGUAUGUACUAUCUCUUGGAAAAUUGGGCUAAUGACAUACAAGUUCGAGCAGCUCUUCACAUUCAAGAGGGUACUAUUAGCUCUUGGAUCAGAUGUAAUAAAACUCUUGCAUAUGAGUACAAUGUUGAGAGCACCUUUGGUUACCAUCAAAAAUUGACACAAGACUAUAUCCGUGCACUAAUCUACGGUGGUGACCAAGACAUGAUUAUAUCAUUUGUUGGAACAUUGGAAUGGAUAAACAUGUUAAAUGUCUCAAUUUCUGAUGAUUGGAGGCCAUGGUUUGUCCAUGGUCAAGUUGCCGGGUAUACUACAAAGUUCUCAAAUGAUAAAUAUCAUGUAACAUAUGCUACCGUGAAGGGAGCAGGACAUACCGCUCCUGAGUAUAAGCCUUUUGAAUGCUUCAACAUGUUCUUGAAAUGGCUUGCAAUGCUUCCUCUCUAGUAUGAGAGUGCUAAAGACUCACGGGGCCAUUAUUUACGGUUUAUAUUAUACAAAGUGUGUCAAUACUCUUUCAAAAAAAAAGAAAAAGAAAAAAAAGCAUGUCAAUAGUCAUAUAUUUAUUUGAUGUUUAAUUGGUUUUUGAUACACUGAUGACCACCAGAAGAAAAUGCUUAAUGUCUGACAAAGGCCAUUAUUUACGGUAUUCAAGCCUCUUUCUAUAGAAAGAUGUGUAGAUAGAGGCACAAUAAAGAUAAAUCUUUUCUCAUCUUC